GGGAUUAGAGCAGUGAUCGCGAUGUAGGUCACCCGCGAACGGCCGCCGCGAAGAGAGGGACUACUUAAGGCAGCGGGGGCCUUCCAACGUCGUCACAGCUUGGCUCGCCGGCGGCCGUAGCAAACGCGCAGUGCAGUCGUCCCCUACACAGACGCCCACAAAAAUCAGUUUCCCCCCCAAAACGGCGAGCACCAUGAGAGCGAGCACUCUCACCCUGGCCGUUCUGGCGGGCGUUCUGGGCGCCGCCCUAGCUGGCUACCACCAGCCCUGGAAGCCGGACGAGAUCGUCAAGCUAGUCCACAAGGUGGUCCCGUACCCGCACCCGGUGCCCGUGCCCAAGCCCUAUCCCGUGCCCAAAAUCAUUCACGUGCCCCACGUGGUGCACGUGCCGCAUCCGGUCCCGGUUCCGGUCAAGGUACCCGUCAUCAAGAAGAUCCCCAAGCUGGUGCCCGUCUACAAGUCCAUCCCGGUGCCCAAGCCGGUGCCGGUGCCCCACUACGUGAGCGUGGGGGUGCCCGUGCCUGUCAUCAAACACCAGCCCGUGCCAAUCUACAAGCACGUGCCGGUACCCAGGGUGGUACCCGUCCCGGUACCUGUCAAGGUACCCAAGUACGUGCCUGUCCCAGUGCACAAGGUCAUCCACGUCCCGAGGCCUGUCGCCGUUCCAGUCAAGGUUCCCGUGUUCAAGGAGAUCAUCGUCAAAAAGCCAGUUGAAGUGCCCGUGCCGGUCUACAUCAAGAAGCACACGUACCACGGAGGACACGGCGGCGGCGGCUUCGGCGGUGGUGGUUUUGGCGGCGGUGGCUUCGGCGGUGGCGGCUUCGGGGGCGGCCACGGAGGAGGCUACGGCGGCGGCGGCUUCGGAGGCGGCUUCGGGGGCGGCCAUGGCGGCGGAUUCGGCGGCGGCGGCUACGGCGGCGGCGGUCACGGCGGCUGGUGAAAACCCCGGGACGAUCCUUAAAGUGCCACGACAAUCCACUGCGAAGCGCUCGGUAACGUCACUUGCGGAGCACAGAGAGGAAAAGAGACGCGCGGACCAACAACAACCCUGUCACGAGAGGAGUGACGAAAUGCUCGCUUGCCCACGGGGCCCCGCGCCGCCCACUUUCCGAGGCAACUUUCGUUGUCUUCCAACGUACGACUGUUCGAUUUAGAACCGCUUGUUACCACGAGGACGCGCGAAUUUUCAACCGGAAAAUCGCUGCCGUUUUACGCUAGGAAGAGAUCGAAUCAAUCCACUAGGCUAAUUAUAUUUACCUCAUUAAUUUCUAGGUUAUGUGCGCAAAAACAAAACAAGAAAAUUAGGGGUAUUUAAUGUUUUGGACACCGACGAAAAACAAAGCUGCCGCUGUUACGAAGGAAUCAGCAUGCGGUGAAUCGGGUUCUUUCAAUUUCCUUUGGGGAAGUGAAACUUUGAAUGUUGUAUACAUUUUAUGUUCGCUUACCGAGGUUCAGCUAUUCUUCCAAUCGAAAGGAACAAUGGAGGUUAUCUCUUUCGUCAUCCUCUUUGGUGAUUUUUUUUUUCUUCCUCGAGUUCUCGGUUUGAUCCCAUCUUGCUCUUUUUCACGUCCUUCUCAUUCUUCUCUGCGGCGGGUUGCUUAUCUCUGUUCUAAUAAUAUUUCUGUAUAAAGAGUCUUUUUUUCCCGCUCGUUCCUCUCUCUCCCAUGUUCCCCUCACUCUCUUACCCUAUUAUUCCCAUUGUAAGUAUUGUUGUUAUUAAGCGACGAGUCUACGCGGGUCACGUUUACUGUGUUCGGGAACCAAUUAUUUUAAAAGCAACCAUUCCAGUUCAACGAACGUCGAGCUUACUGUAAUAUACCGCCCUUGUAAAAAAAAACGCAACGGCUUCCUACAAGAAAACAAACCAGUUUAUUAUAGAAAAACAAAUUGCUGUAAAAGGACCAAGGUGCAGCUUCCAUUUUUAUAACUCGUGUAUAUAUGUAAUUCAUUUUGACUGCUGUAUUUUUUUCCUUGCAAGGUACGACAAAUAAACGAAUGUUGUUGUAUUUA